CAGAAAUAACAACCGAUUCCUGUGUGUGGACUGCCCCAUUCUUAUUGAUUACAAACUUUUUCGUUCUUCAGUACUACUCAUAAGUUUCCCCUCGCCUUAGCUCUUGACUCAGCGCCAAUGUUCCUGUUCCUUGAAAUCCUCCGAUAAAUCUGCAAAGGCUGCAUUUUAAUCUCUUCGCAAAACUGCCAUGUCUAAGUUGGAAAACCUAGCCUGGGACCUUGCUUGCAAGGCGUGUGAAAGCGACAACACUAUACUUUUCGAACAAGCCUGCUUGACAACUGCAAAGAACGAUCUUGACUGGUUCUUCCUACGAGUUCUUCGGAUCGCGAUCGGGCACGAGGCCAAAGCUAUUCUCAAUCAUAUGAUCAGUUGUGGCGUCGAUGUCAAGACCCUGCGACCGUCGGACGUUGCCACUAGACCAAAACCAUCAAUCGCAUUGCUGGAAUUCCUGCUGUCUCAUGGCUGGGAUAUCAACUAUCGGCCAGAUAAAUCGCCAGGUUCUCAACCUUUUCUGUGGUUCGUCACGUCAGAUGAUGCUCUGGUCAAGUGGUGCCUUGACCACGGCGCUAAUGUCAGCACGCCGAAAGGCUCGCGCUCUUGCGAUCCGAUUCUUGAGACUUGUGCGAACUCAGGCAACCUCGCGUCAUUCAAGCUCUUGCGCUCAAAAGGGGCGCCAUUAGGGCGCCGCACAUUACACAAAGCUGUCGAAAUGGCUGCGUGGGGCCACACCGGCUCGAGCAACCCAGAGAAAGACACCGAACAGCAACGGCAAUGCAGAACAAAACAUGCCGAGCAUAUAAUGAUGGUGCGCUAUCUGCUGAAUGUUGUCGGCUUAGACGUUAAUGCGCCUGACCGGCCACCCGGUUGCAAAAAGGGCAUGCACAGCGCUUGGGGAACGCCCAUCUGCUAUAUCCCAGGCUGCGGCAUGCCAGAAAGGGAUGCGCGCGAGUUGACUUGGUUGCUGCUUGAUCGAGGCGCGGAUCCAGCUCCCGCGUUGCAGAUCGCGAAAGAAGAUGGCAAUGCAAUAUUUGCAGAGGAUGUCAACGCUUGGAAGGCACAGAAAGGCUCCGAGAAGGAACAAAAACCUAAGCACAGUUGCUGUUUGCAGUAGCUAUACCCGCUUGCGUAGUAGCUUAAGCAGUUACGAACCUAUUAUAUAUAAG